AUGAAACCGAGACUAAUUGUGAAACGUUGGACACUUGCUGGUGAAUCAUUACCCGUUCCCAAGGGCUACGAUCCUACUGACUAUGAUUAUUUCUAUUCCAAGAUGCAAUAUCGGCAAUAUUACUACCCAAUAUUCGACGAUGAUCCUUUUUCUAUUACAUUCAACACAAUUCUGUUCGGUCAAACAAGUUUCUGUGUGAACUUGUUGGGAUUUUAUUUUAUAUACGGAAACAAUCGACUCGGAAAUGCCAUUAAGGCUCAUUUGCUCAGUGAUACGAUUUUGCGAUCUCUGAUCGGACUCACGCAAAUCUAUUUCGGGAGCUGUCUUUUGAAUGAGCACUGUCUCGGGAUGUCUGACUGGCCAUGGAGUGGAGCGUUGAUCAAUCAAAUAGUCAGUGCUCUGUACUUUUCGGCACAGAUCUCUGUUCAACUGCACGAACUUUUGAUCACUCUGAGCAGACUAUUCGCGAUCUCCUUUGACGGUGUCUACUAUCACCACUUCUCAAAGGGCAUCUGGGUUCAAGUGAUCGCUAUUCUGCUGAUUCCUUUGAUUCCCUACACACCAACUAUUGGAUCACUCACAAAUGUGUACGCUGAUCUCUGGACUCCGGCCGGAAACAUGUAUGAUCCAAACAGGCACUCUUCAGAACGAUACACAAAUGGCUCAUUCUUUGACUCGUUGAUCUACAGCAUUGAGAACAUUGUGCUAGUUGCAUUUUUGCUGGCAUUGUUCACUGAUAUUGUCACGUUGUACAAAGUUCGCGAGAGAAUGGAAAAAAGUGAAUCCAAUGCGGAACAAGCACGAGCUGAUAUUCGUUUAUCUUUGCAGAUGUUAAUCAUUCACUCGAUGAACGCCUUUCAUUGGGUUUUUAUGAGAAUGCCUCAAAUGCACACGUUGUUCACCGAUGCGGUGAACACCGAUGAAUAUAUAACACGAUUUGCUGUUACCUUGGUCAACGUCUCUGGGAUCCUGAAUAUCCUUUUGGGAUUUCUGAUGAUCUACCUAAAUCGACCGAUCAAAGAAAAAGAAAAUCCGAAUAUAAAAACU